AUGAUGUCUUAUCUUAAGCAACCGCCUUACGCAGUCAAUGGACUGAGUCUGACCACUUCGGGCAUGGACUUGCUGCACCCCUCGGUGGGCUACCCGGGGCCCUGGGCUUCUUGUCCCGCAGCCACUCCCCGGAAGCAACGCCGGGAGAGGACGACGUUCACACGGGCGCAGCUAGACGUGCUGGAAGCUCUAUUUGCUAAGACCCGGUACCCAGACAUCUUCAUGCGGGAGGAGGUGGCGCUGAAAAUCAACUUGCCCGAGUCCAGGGUGCAGGUGUGGUUUAAGAAUCGAAGAGCUAAGUGCCGCCAACAGCAGCAGCAGCAACAGAAUGGAGGUCAAAACAAAGUGAGACCUGCCAAAAAGAAGACCUCUCCAGCCCGGGAAGUGAGUUCAGAGAGUGGAACGAGUGGCCAAUUCACUCCCCCCUCUAGCACCUCAGUCCCGGCCAUUUCCAGCAGCAGUGCUCCCGUGUCUAUCUGGAGCCCAGCUUCCAUCUCCCCACUGUCAGAUCCCUUGUCCACCUCCUCUUCCUGCAUGCAGAGGUCCUAUCCCAUGACCUAUACUCAGGCUUCAGGUUAUAGUCAAGGAUAUGCUGGCUCAACUUCCUACUUUGGGGGCAUGGACUGUGGAUCUUAUUUGACCCCUAUGCAUCACCAGCUUCCUGGACCAGGGGCCACGCUCAGCCCCAUGGGUACCAAUGCAGUCACCAGCCAUCUCAAUCAGUCCCCAGCUUCUCUUUCCACCCAGGGAUAUGGAGCUUCAAGCUUGGGUUUUAACUCAACCACUGAUUGUUUGGAUUAUAAGGACCAAACUGCCUCCUGGAAGCUUAACUUCAAUGCUGACUGCUUGGAUUAUAAAGAUCAGACAUCCUCGUGGAAAUUCCAGGUUUUGUGAAGAUCCGUAGAACCUUUUUGUGGGUGAUUUUUAAAUAUACUGGGCUGGACAUUCCAGUUUUAGCCAGGCAUUGGUUAAAAGAGUUAGAUGGGAUGAUGCUCAGACUCAUCUUCUGAUCAAUGAUCCGAGAGGCAUAGAAGGAAAAAUGAAGGGCCUUACAGGGGCCCACCAACCAGCAACCUGAAAUGGACAGACCAGUCUACUUAAGAUCCUGUCAUAGUUUUAGGUCAUUGGUUUUCCUGAUUUGCAAAGUGAUCAAAAGCAUUCUAGCCAUGUGCAACCAAACACCACCAAAAAUAAACAAAACUAAAUUGCGAGGGAAAGGAGGGAAGGACAUAGCCUUCUUAAGCAGAGGUGUUCCAAUGUUUUAGCCAAUCCGUGGUUGAAUCUUAGGAAUGGACAGUGUCUCAAGCUCACUCACGUUUCAUGACCAACUGGUAGUUGGCACUGAAAAACUUUUCAGGGCUGUGUGAAUUGUGCGACUGAUUGUCCUAGAUGCACUACUUUAUUUAAAAAAUAAUGUUCAUAAGGAGUCAAUAUGUAGUUUAAGAGACAAUCAGUGUGUGUCUUAUAUAAAUGGUACAUCUGUGGUUUUUAA